UUUAAUGUUUAGAGACAAUAAGGAAGUGAACUUUGGAUUCAGGUGUUUUCAGCUCAGACUGGGUUCUGAAAGGAACAGAAGCCCCUCCGUGCUGGAGAACCUGACGGAGGAACCUUCAGCUGUGGUUCCAGACAGAACAAGAGAACCUGCUGCUAGUCAUCAUCAUCAUCGCCAGUCGAGAUGAAGGUGGAGGUGAAGAUUGAGCUGCUGAAGUUUUUCUUUGCAGUUUUAAACAGCAUCUUCCUGGUUCUGGGUCUGACCGUUGGCGGCUGUGCGAUCUGGAUUCUUUUUGGCUCUGGAAGCUUCCUGAACAUCCUCUCCUCUGAGGAGCUGCAUGUGGUGGCAGCAGGUCUGCUCGUGAUUGGUGGAGUGGUGGUGUUGGUCAGUAUUACUGGUUGUGUUGGAGCGAGUACUGAGAAGGGUUUCCUGCUGCUGGUGUAUCUGGGCUUCCUUAUCAUUCUGGUCCUCGGUCAGCUGUUUGUUACGCUACUCUUGUUCAUAAACAGAAACAAGAUUGGACAGACUCUGGAUGAAACUGUGGAUCUGAUCAUCUCCCAGUAUGAAAACGGCAGCAACAGUCGAGACAGAAUGAUGGACAACCUGCAGAUCUACGCGCAGUGCUGUGGUAGGAACGGCCCUGCUGAUUGGCUGCAGAACUCCUUUAUACAGAGUCUGAACCUGACGAGUCCAGACGUGCUUCCAUGUUCCUGUUUCAGGUCACAUCAUGGCAGCUUCAACUCAUCCUGGUGCUCAGAGAAUAUCAACUUCACUGAGCCGCUAUUUACACGAGGAAACGGCACUUUUGACCAGAGCUGCAGUCGGAGGCUCACCGACUGGCUGCAGGAGAACAUCCUGACUGUCAUCAGCAUGGACGUGGGCCUCAUUUUACUGCAGGUGCUCCAGUUUGUCCUUGUGGUGUACCUGUACCGCGCAUUUGGAGAAAAGGCAGCUUUAAAAAGACUCAGUCCGCUGGUUAAUCCAGUCCAUGCAGACCCAGAUCUGGACCUGGACGACGGAGAGCAGAACUAUGCCAACAUGUAUCAUGAUGACACUUACAUGGGCUUAGACAAUAACCAUUUAACCAAUCAUUAUGAUUACCAGAACCACAACCAGAUGUAUCUGGAACCAGCUCAAGACUAUUAGUGACCUGCACGCUUCAAAUCUUCGUGUUUAAAAGUGAACUUCAGUAGCAAGUUGUUUGUAAAACCUUUAUUCAGACCUUUGUUUAAUAAGAUAUAACUGGACACCGUGAUGCAGCUCUUGGUGAGUUUGGGGGGCUGCAUGGUGGUGUGCUGCACUGAUGCCUCACAGAAGGUUUGGUGGUUCUGUGUGGAGUUUGUUCUUCU